ACAAGGAGGCCAUGAUGGAGGAGCACCAGCCUCUUAUAUCACAAGAAAAUUCCAGUAACAAUUCUGAGGAAAACCUUAUAUUAUCACUAAGUUAUAAAGCAAAAGAUAAAGAUAUCCUACAGCUUUCUUCAGGAAAAAAACUCAUUACCCUUAAUGUACAUCCAGGACUUCACAGUUCAGAUCUAUCGCAUAACUCCCCUAAUCAUGAGGGACUUUCUCCUGAUCAAUCACACAUUGUUACCAGAAGUAGAAAGCAGAAAGGGGCAAAACGGUUUCAGUGUGGCAAAAAAUCCACAAAAGCCUCAGGUCUUUCUACAAAGAGAAGAAGACAUAAAGGAGAGAAGUCAUACUCCUGUUCAGAAUGUGAGAAAUGUUUUAAAAAUAAAUCACAUCUUCUUAGACAUCAGAGAAUUCACACAGGAGAGAAGCCACACACCUGUUCAGAAUGUGCCAAGUGCUUCACAGACAAAUCAAGUCUUGUUAGACAUGAGAAAAAUCAUAAAAAAGAGAAGCCAUAUUCAUGUUCAGAAUGUGGGAAGUGCUUUACAGAUAAAUCAACUCUUGGUAUACAUAAGAGAAAUCACACAGGAGUGAAGCCAUUUUCAUGCUCAGAAUGUGAGAAAUGUUUUACACUGAAAUCAAAUCUUCUUGCACACGAGAGAAGUCACACAGGAGAGAAUCCAUAUUCGUGUUCAGAAUGUGGGAAAUGUUUUACACGAAAAGCAUAUCUUGUUGCACAUGAGAGACAUCACACAGGAGUGAAGCCAUAUUCGUGUUCAGAAUGUGGUAAAUGUUUUUUAUAUAAAAUAAGUCUUGUUACACAUGAGAGAAUUCACACAGGAGAAACGCCAUUCUCAUGUUCAGAAUGUGGAAAAUGUUUUACUGCUAAAUUAAAUCUUCUUAGACAUGAGAGGAGAAUUCACACAGGAGAGAAGCCUUAUUCGUGUUCAGAAUGUGGUAAAUACUUUGCAAAGAAGUCAAUUCUUGUUAGACAUGAGAAAAGUCAUACAGAAGAUAGGCCAUAUUCAUGUUCAGAAUGUGAGAAAUGUUUUAAAGCAAAAUCAGAUCUUAUUAGACAUAUAAGAUGUCACACAGGAGAGAAACCGUAUCCAUGCUCAGAAUGUGGGAAAAGUUUUACACAGAAAUCAGACCUUGUUAGUCAUCAUAAAAUUCAUACAGGAGAGAAGCCACACGCCUGUUCAGAAUGUUCCAAGUGCUUCACAGACAAAUCAAGGCUUGUUAGACAUGAGAAAAGUCAUAGAGGAGCGAAUCUAUAAUUCAUGUUCAGAAUGUGGGAAGUGCUUUACAGACAAAUCAAAGCUUGUAUACAUGAGAGAAGUCACACAGGAGAGAAAUCAUAUUAGUGUCCAGUAUGUGGAAAAUGUUUUGUACAGAAAUCAACUUUUGUUGCACAUGAGAGAAUUCAUACAGGAGAGAAGUCUUAUUCAUGUUCAGAAUGUGGGAAAUGUUUUACACAAAAAUCACAUCUUGUUGCGUAGCCAUUUUGAUGUUCUAUAUGUGGA